UUCGACAGGGUAUGGGAAAGACUAAUGGAUUGUUGAAAUAUUUGUAAUAAUAUGCCAUGUGGACUGUGAACUGUAUGUGAGUGGUAGAAGACUUGUUUUUACACAAGUUGAUGGCUGUAUUGCGCUCAAGCCUGCUGCGCGCGCAAGAUAAGCUCACAGUCAGCCGAGAGCGCGCGAGUUAGUUCGCGUGCAGAAGAGAAAAUCCCAAAGACCUUUUAUCAUAACGCUCGUGUUUGUGGCUGAUUAUCACUGAAAAGGAACCGAACAACUCUCCAGGCGGGCUGUCGUUGUGAAGUGUGCGGGGAAAAUGAAUCUGUAAAGACAGAGGGGCUCCGACAGGAGAUGGCAGCUCCGAUGGCUUCAGGACUUUGGUUUGUUGCGCUCACAGUGGCGACUGUAUGGUGUGCAGAGGUAGAGGAACGUUUAGUUAACUACUUACUCUCCCCUGACCGAUACAACAAGCUGAUCCGUCCGGCGGUCAACAAGAGCCAGCAGGUCACCAUUGCAAUCCAAGUGUCCCUUGCCCAGCUCAUCAGUGUGAAUGAGAGAGAGCAGAUCAUGACCACAAACUGUUGGCUCUCUCAGGUAUGGAAUGAUUACCGGUUGAUGUGGGAUCCAGAGGAGUAUGAAGGGAUCAGGAAAGUUCGCCUUCCCUCCCAGCAUAUAUGGCUGCCUGACAUUGUUCUGUACAACAAUGCUGAUGGGACAUAUGAAGUGUCUUUCUACUCCAAUGCGGUCGUGUCAAAUAACGGUGAGGUUGCCUGGCUACCACCAGCCAUUUAUAAGAGUGCCUGUAAAAUUGAGGUCCGGGACUUCCCCUUUGACCAGCAAAACUGCACACUCAAGUUCCGCUCAUGGACUUAUGACCACACAGAAAUCGACCUCAUCUUGCUGUCAGACUUUGCCAGCCGGGAUGACUUCAAGCCAAGUGGUGAAUGGGAUAUUGUGUCCUUGCCUGGUCGCAAAAACGAAGAUCCAGAUGAUGACACAUAUUUAGAUAUAACGUAUGAUUUUAUCAUUAGACGAAAACCGCUGUUCUACACCAUUAACUUAAUCAUCCCAUGUAUUCUCAUCACUUCACUGGCCAUCUUAGUUUUUUACCUCCCGUCAGACUGUGGGGAGAAGAUGACUUUGUGUAUUUCUGUUCUCCUGGCCUUAACUGUGUUCCUCUUACUUAUUUCCAAAAUUGUACCGCCAACCUCACUCGCUGUGCCCCUCAUUGGAAAGUACUUGAUGUUCGCCAUGGUCUUGGUGACUUUUUCAAUUGUUACAAGCGUGUGUGUGCUAAACGUGCACCAUCGUUCCCCAAGCACACACACUAUGCCCAAGUGGGUCAAAUACUACUUCCUGUUCCGAUUGCCUGGUUUCCUAUUCAUGCGACGACCGGGAGAGUCCAGCAAACGUGAGAAAUUUCACAGGAAGCACCAGCAGUGCUCUUCAUCUGAUCUCCCAGCAAAAAGUGAGGCGGAUGAGACUGAUUCCACCUUCUUUGUCAAUGAAGAUGCCAAGCACAUUGGUUGGAGACGUGGCGAGUUGCAGGAAAGCACUGAAUUUCGUAAGCGAAUGGCGAUAAAGUGCUCUGCAGACAUGGACGAGGCUGUGAAGGGGGUACGAUAUAUCGCUGACAAGUUGAAGAAUGAGGAUGAUGAUGAAGGGAUUAUCGAGGACUGGAAAUAUGUGGCUAUGGUGAUCGACCGUCUGUUUCUGUGGAUCUUUGUUUUAGUGUGUGUUACAGGAACCAUCGGUCUCUUUAUGCAGCCGCUCUUCAAGAGCUAUAACACACCAGCCUCGGAUGAUUUGUAGAUCGCAUAAAGUCAGACCAGUUAAAACACAACCCAUAUGGCUGUUUAUUUUCAGUGCACAACCUAGUCUUAUCACAAACUUGACAUGACAUCCUUCUAAUUUCAAUAAAUAUCUUAGCAGAAAGCCCAACAAUGGACUUCAAACCUGACACGUUUCAUAAAGUGUUAAGCUCUGUGUGCCAUUCAAUGCACAAUGUCACAAAAUUCUUAGAUGCCGUUGAGCACAAUACUGGACACACACUGAAUAUUUAGCUGCCCUAACACUGACCCGAACUCAAAAACCCUUCAGAGCUGUCAUUCAACCACAACAUUUAGCCCUGGAGGCUUCAACAUUCUUUAACCUCUCAUAGAAAAUGAAGCUCAAAAUCCCAAAGUGGCUCUCAACCAACUCUCCCCUUGACUUGAUUUCUCAAAACUAAGUGUUUUUCUUAAACAUAUACAGAUUUUCUGAAAUUUCCAAAUGCUUGUGUGCAGAACAAAAACACUUGUUUACAUCAGAGAACCCCAUCAUAGACCUGUGACGUGUUUAAGGACUACAGUAUGUACUGUGUCUUUAAAAACGUCAACCCUAGCUCAGUAGCAAUGUGGGUAUUUAUUUUAAGUCAAAUAAUAAGCUUUUUACUGGACUCACACCUUAACAUACUCUACACGCAUCUGCAUGCACUGUUCUUUAAUACGCAUUUUCACAUAAUUUUCCCCUUAUUAUACUUAGAUUGGUUUAAACAUUAUGUGAAUAGCAUCUUGCAGCAGCAUUUUGAUUGACCUUUACAGACAGAUUUUUGAAACGUGCUGUCGUUUGAAUGAUUGAUGAGUACUUCAUAUAUAAUUAUUAUCAUAAAGUUGUUUUAUUAUGAUGGUUAUGUGAUGUAUUAAGAAAAGAAUAAAUUGAAACCAUACAA